GAGUGAUGAGGCUUCGCCACAGACCAAGAGCCACAUGAUCCACGUGCUUUGUCAGAACCAUCAAUCUCAGCUGAUAACUGUCAGCCUCCUUGCACACGUAGGUGAACGGGAAGAGAUACCAAUCAUCCCUUCUUUUCCUGAGAUGCCCGCAAUCUCAGUGGGCAUUGGCGCUGAUGGCAGUGGCCAUCGAAGGGUUCAAGGUCUUGACUCACUAUUGGUCAUCCUGCCUUGGCCAAAGUUUGCGUCCGGGAUCACGACCACCACUCUUCAGAGUUUUGGACCCGAGGAGGCAAUGUACUGGACUGCAUUCACCAUGCAACUUUCUUGCGCAGACAUCGAGUCUAUGCACUCCCAAAACAGGGCAAUGGCGGGUUCUGCAUUUCAUUCCAUUGCCGCGCGUUACAUCAACACGGAAGCACAGAGGUUUUCCAAUGAGGCAUUGGAUUUGCAACAGGGGGUUUCCAAACCGGUUUCCGAUCAGACUCGUGCUGGCAGGAAGGUCAAAGUUGCUGCCAACAUCACUGUACAGGAUUGCACAGGCAAUAAACCGAACCUGAAAGCUUUGUCGCCUUUUGAACUUUUCAGGCGGAGCGCAUUGCUCGACCCAGUGAAGAUGACGUAUUUCCCAAGAAAGUUGUUAACCAUAGCUGCUGUGGUUUACAAUGCCGUCACUUUGCUGAGCGAACGCGCGUUGAACUGCAUGCUGGGUUGCUUCAAAGGUCGUACCCGCAUCGACGUUGCGUUUCUCACAGCUGCGUCUUCCCAAGCUGGAUACAACAAGCCAGACCAAGUCUUUGUUGGUUGCGACAUUGUGGGGCGAUUUAAUGAACACAAUUCACCGGACAAUCCUUUCACAGGCAUUCUUUUGGAGAUGUCAACUGAGGGAUUUGUUGAGCCUUCUUCAACCAGAUAUUUUCCACACGUGCGCUCACAAUUUGGCCGACUUCGGAUGUACUGCGCAGACGAGUUUGCUGUUCAUUUGCUGGAUUUGCCAGAUUCUUUCGGUGACUGUGCUACAGCUGUCAGGGUAGGGAUUCAACUUCUGACCUUUGAAGAGGAUCAUCUGCCAAAGCGUUUGCGAGUGACUGGGGUAGAGAUAUGGGAUUCGGAAAAAGAAGAGGCGACAGGUAUUGUCGAGGCAGACACACACACUGACAGGGUAUUGGGAAAUGCCGCCGAUCAACCAGUUCAUGGCAGGGCAGAUUCUGUGGUCGGAGUGGGGGAUUGUGAAGUUGACUUUUUGGAUUUGCUGUCUUCAGACAAUGGUCACAAUGACAAUGCCGUCAAUGCCUGUGACAGCACUGGGAACGAGAAUGAAACUGGUACUGCUAAGCGAUCUUUUGGUCAGACCAGCCGCAAGAGCAAGAAACAGAGAACUCAGAGAACCAUUGACUCAGGAGAUGAAGGGGAAGAUUUGGAACAAUUUGAUCAGGGUGUGAAUCGAGAUGAUGUUGAUCACUUGCUAGGGGAUCCCGGGGUGUCUGCUUUUUUGGACGCAGAGGACGUCAGUGAGUUGAAAAACGUGGUCACACUUUGCCAGGUUAUGCAGCCUCGCUCUCCCAUGAAGGUCAUGAAGGUUCUUCCUUUUUCGGAUGAUGAAGAGACGUUGAUUCUGGGUCAAUCCCCUCGCCCAGUUUUGCGUCGUGGGAAAGCUCACAGCAACCUAGAUGCUGUUGCUUGUUCUACUCCCCGUCGAAGCCCCAAAUCUCCCAAAGGGAAGUUUGGUGUUGGCAGCCCCAGCAAGAGCCCCGGCAAGUUGGGGGUUCGCAGUCCCAGCAAGAGCCCCGGCAAGUUUGGAGUUGGCAGUCCGAGCAAGAGUUCUAGCCCCAGCAAGUCUGUCACAGCCAGUCCCAAAUCGCAGAAGUCCAAUGUCCGUGGAAUGGCAUCCCGCAAAGUCAAAAAGACUGUGAUGAAAGUCCAGAGCAAGUUCAAGGGGUCUCUGGGUCGUUCCACAGUCCAGCGCGCAUGUGGGAUGCGCAAGCCAGCAUCGUCCAGUUCAUCGUCUAGCUCUCCGGCCAAGUUAGUCAAGCUUUCCCGCGCAGAUCAGAAGGAAAAGGAUUGGAAUUUCAUGAUGGCUAUGGGGGAGAUCGGUUCAGAGACGCUAGCACAAAGGCAAGCUUUGGCUGAGCUGGAUUUGAUUUACAGCAGCAGCCAUGACAGGAGAACCCCGUUGAGUAAUGAGUGCAAGCCUUGCUUCAACUACCAAGGGGCAUCCAGCUAUGGCACUUUGACCAAGAGUGCGUUGACCGCGAAGCUUUCCACGGACGAAGGUUUCAAUGAGUACAUUGCGGGGUUGGAUGAGUAUGUUGAGUCCCGUCGAGCGGGGAAGCGUCCACGCGGCAAAGCUGAGAGCUCAGGAGAACCUUUGGAUGCUGCAUAUGCCGAAACUUCAAGCACAUACAGCACGAAGCAAGUGGUUGGCUAUUUCUGGACCCCGGACUUGUUGAAAAAACAUGAGAAGCCAAUGCCCAAGAAGCUCCAAGUCAUAUCACACCAGGGACAGAAGCUCAGGGGAAUUACCCGUGAUGACUUUGUUGUGGGUGCCAUCGAGAUUGCAACAACGUGUGCCAGGGGAGCGAAGAGAAUUGCUGAAUUGGCACGUGAUGAUUCCGACAAUGAUGGAGAAGUCACUGCCAGUUCGGCAUUUGCAGCAGCUCAGAAGAAAGUGCGGGUGACUGGAACUACGGCUGAUGGAGACCCUUCAGAGAUCAACCUCAAGAUGCCUAGCAAGGCAAGCGGGCCAGAUGACUCUGAGGAGUUGCAUGCCAUCUUGUUUGGCGGCGAGGCACGUGGUUCCAGAGACAAGGAGAAAGCAUGCUCAGAUGAAGAGCAGAAACAGGAGAAGAGGCGCAGGGUUCAGCAACGGAACAUUAGCAAAGGCAAGCCUGCCGUUGCUGCUGGCAAUGGUGCAGAUGGUGAUUCCCAAUCGGCUGAGACAGCCUCAUCAUCUUGGGCAGCCAUGUCUAUGGGAACUUCCAAGAAGGCAGCCAGUGAGAGCAAAGAGUUGGACAAAGCUGAGUCACUCAUUUUGACCGUGAGUCAGCUGAAAGGCCAGAUUCAAGACGAGUCAUCAGUGCUUCAGGUCUCUUUGAAAGCCGUUCGAAGCUUGGCAGAGAAGGUGUCCACUCGCCUGAGCCAAGAAGGAACCAAUUUCUUCGUCGAGGCCGUCAGGCGAUCCGGUUCCAAUAGCAGAGAUGCUAUGGAGGAGUUCGUUGAAGCCCUUCAAGACGCAGAAACUUCGCCAUUGACUGUGAGAUCUCGUGCUGCUGCCCUGAAGAACAUUGGGGUUACCGUCCCUCGAAACGUCAGCAUCAUCAUUUACAAGAAAAUGGCGGAGGAAUUGGUCCAGCAGGGAAAACUUGAGGAUCUCAUGAAGUUUCUGGACCCUGGACAAGUGUCAAGUUCCCAGGAUGGUGAUUCGUCGGACACCAUUGCCAGCAUUUUGCCGGAUCAGGCUGAUGAGCGCUUUGCAGAGCUUGCGCGUGAGUUCCAAUUGGGGUGCUUGAUCCAUCUGAUCAACAACCUCUUGUUGAAGGAGUACCAGGGCAACGCAUCAGAUUCAGAGUAUGAGAAGGAGAAGAACAAGUUCAUGAUUGAUGCUGCGCAGUCCGUGGUGGAGCUCCUUAGCUGUUUCCAGAAGUCUGCCAUCUACAACACAGCAGCUCCUGAAAAGUCGUCUUCUCGGGAUGAUUUUGAGCGCAUUGCAUCACUGGUCGCGAGUGCAGUCUCCGGCAAGAUUUUCCAGCCAGCUGAAUGUGACACGCUGCAGUCCCAGAAAGCACUUGCUACAAAGAGGGGUACUACCUUCUACACGGGCCUUGUGACUUUUCCUGUCGGCUCAUGGGUUCUGGACAAGAUCAACGAGAAGAUUACUCAGUGCAAGCAGGACCAGCUGCUGGGAAAGGAGUUUGAGAGCAUCGUGGAGUUUGCAGAUGGCUGCAAAUCCUUCAAAGUUGACUCAUUGACAAAAAAAGACAAAGAUUCAGGCAACAUCGACAUCUACAUUCCAAGCCAGAAUAAGGUGAUCGACAUGGUCGCCAAAUACUUCAGCUUCGUGGAAUUGGCGUCAGACCACGCCAAAGGCUUGAUGGAGACUCAGAUGAAGAAUGUGGCCUUUCGCAUUGCGGAGCUGCAAGGCGGCUUGGUUGCAGCUGCAGCUUUGAAGCACGAUGAUUUUGCCGGAAAUCUCUGCAAGCUCCUUUUGUCGUGCUGCGGAGGAAGCGGCACUGAGGAGUGGAAUGAUGAGAGAUCUUCAGAGUGCUGUCAGGCUUUGUCUACCAUGAAAAGCUUGGGAUUCUGGGUGAAAAUCCAACUGUCCAAACUGCUUGGCAAGCAGAAUGCAGCCACCUUGGACAAGUGGGCCAAUCAAAUUGCUUCCUUGUCGGCCAGUUUGCAGGGCGCAUUCCCAAAGCUCUGUGCUUUGAGGGAUGCGCAGUCAACAGAUACCAUCAUCAUGUCAGCUGAGAUCAAGGGCCUCUACACUUUUCUCCGGGACAAAGACAUGAACACUGCAGUCCACAAGCUCAUGCCAAAGAUGGUCCCAGGUUUGUUGGCAGCAUCCGCUCAGAUUGACAAGGCAGUGGAGGAUUGUCUUAGCAAACUUGGACUUACAUUCAGCAAGUUCUUGCAAGGCAUCUUGGCUACAGAGCCCCAGUUUGAUUCCAUCUUGCAAUCAGACAUUGUUGGGACCGUUGAUGUUGACACCGACGGCAAGAACAAGGUUGACAACGAUGCCGACUUUGGUGGCAUCUACUUGGCAUAUGGGCAGUACCUGCCUCCCAACAAGAAGAUCAAGGUGCGUUUCGAGAACGCAUCCUCUGAUGUGUCAGUGCAUGCGUCUUUCAUUUGCCUUGCAGGCGCUCUGCUUCAGAUGUCCAAGUAUGCCUUGAUGAUCAUUGAGACUGUGGAGACAGCCAAUGCGACCCCGGACAUCAAGCAGGUGAUCAACGAAAUCAUUACUUACAUCGCCCAAAAGAAAGACCAUUCUUCUUUGAGUUUCAAGUGCGGCAUUCUCAAGCUUAUGCUUGGCUUCUUCCCUGGCCUUUCGAGGGCCGGAACUGCCUUCACUGAAAUCAUCGGCAAGGUUGGGGAGGACAUGGCCAACAUUGACCAGAUCAAGGAUUACCACCGGACUCUUUUGAACAAGUUAGAGAGUGCGUUGGUUGCUUCGAUGACUUCAUGCUCAUUGGAGAUCGACGUCAUGCAGAAGAUGUUCAAGGAUGCUUUCAUCGAGAUCAAAGCAGCGCAUCCCCUCCCUGCACUGUUUCGAGCUUCUCCACUUGACAAAGAUGCGAUUUGCAAGCUGUGCCAAGAUUCAAAUGUGAAGAUGGUGCUGUUUGCUGCUAGCAAGGUUUCCAGCCAGUGCGAGUUGAUGAUUGGCUUCUUGACGGGAUUGAAGUCACUGACCAUCUUGCAGCAGAAGACUGGAACUGGCGUUGCCGCCUUGCUCACCGAUUUGAGAUCUUUUUCCUCGACUUUGAAUGCCAAGACCAUGCCUGGUGAUGACAACACCGUUGUCCUGGCCAAUGUGACCUACUUUCAGGGAAGCGUGUCGUUGUCCCAGGCCAUGGUACGAACUCUGGGUCCAGGCGAGACCCGCACAGGGCUGGUUAGCAAGUGCUUGGCAUUGCUUGAGAAGAACCAGAUGGCUGCCGAUCCUAUCUUGGCCAAGAGGGCCAAGCAAGUCCUUGAUGGGAAGUGA